AUGGAGAAGUUUCUACGGUCUUGGCGACAGGAGGCGUUGAAUCGCGGCCAGCAUGAUGCAGCCGUCUAUCUGGGAGAUAAGGUGCUUGCCUUGACGAAUAAUGACUCCGACGCCUUUUGGCUAGCCCAAGUGCAUUUCUCGAAUAACAAUUACACGCGAGCCCUUGCCUUAUUGUCCCGCAGAGACCUCGUUUCCCGAAGUCCCGCCUGCCGAUACCUUGCCGCGCAUUGCUAUAUAAAACAAAGUCAGUAUGAACAGGCCCUGGUCGUGCUGGGCGAUCAGAACCCAACCCAUUUAAUUCGCGGCGCCACCGGUCGUCGGAAGAUUCAGCAUCUGAAUGGACAGAGUCAUGUUACGUUGCGCAACGGCAAGACCACGGCGUCUCGCGAGGAAAGAGACCGUGAGGACGCUGGGAAUGUCCGCUUCGAAGCCGCGAUGUGCUACCUUCGCGGUCUGUGUUUUGCGAAGCAGAAUGCCUUCGAUCGUGCGCGAGACUGCUACAAGGAUGCGGUUCGCAUCGACGUCCAGUGUUUCGAGGCCUUUGACCAGUUGAUGAAGAAUUCGCUCAUGUCGCCCGCGGAGGAGCUCGAGUUUCUGGAGUCGCUGGAUUUCGACUCGGUCUCGGGGGCGGACCCCUCUGUCGCGCAGGAAGCGGCCCAUUUUACCAAGAUGCUGUAUACGACGCGGUUGUCCAAAUACUCCUCGCCUGCGGUUCUGGCCGAUGCGACCGAAACGCUCUCCACCCACUACAAACUAGCCGAUAACCCCGACAUUCUCCUUUCUCGCGCAGAGGCCCUAUACACGCAAUGUCGAUUUGCAGAGGCCCUCGAGCUGACCUCGUCGAUCCUCUCUACCUCCCAAUCUUCUUCUCCGUCCGCUUCUUCCUCCACACAACUCACCACCACGGCGCAGAGCCACUUGGGGCAUGCACCCGCGGUGUAUCCGUUGCAUCUGGCGUGCCUUUACGAAACAGGCGCCACCAAUUCCCUCUUUCUGCUUUCCCACACUCUUGCCGACCAUGCACCCGAAGAAUCAUAUACGUAUCUAGCGAUCGGGGUCUACUAUCUGUCCGUGUCCAAGAUUGCAGAGGCCCGGCGGUUCUUUUCCAAGGCGUCUCUGUUGGAUCCGCAUUCGGCCCCCGCCUGGAUUGGGUUUGCUCAUACGUUCGCGGCGGAAGGGGAGCAUGACCAGGCUAUUGCGGCAUAUAGCACCGCCGCGCGACUGUUCCAGGGCAGUCAUCUGCCUCAGCUUUUCUUGGGAAUGCAGCACCUGGCAUUGAACAACAUGUCCCUAGCCCAGGAAUACCUCUGCGCCGCGUAUGCCAUGUCUACAGGCACUGCGGCAGGGUCCGUCCCGUCGAUCCCGUCGCUUCCUGCGUCCGAGCGGUCGCCCUUGGGCGGAGAUCCACUUGUUUUGAACGAGCUCGCAGUCGUUUUGUACCAUCAGAACCACCUCGACGCUGCGGGGGAACUCUUCCGCCAAUCCCUGGCCCUCGCGACGUCCCUGCACUGUGAACCGGGCGCUUGGGUCGCCACGCGGGCCAAUUUAGGCCAUGCCCUGCGGCGUUUAGGCCGGUUUCCUGAGGCUUUGUCGGAGUUUGACGAGUGCUUGCGUAUUGGGGCUGGCGGCGCUAGUUUGGGAUACAGCCCAUUCCUUGGAGGCAGCGGGGGUGCUGCCUCUGGGGUUGCAUCAUCUGGGGUGAGCGGGUACGAAGAUCGUGGUCUGAUCGGAUCGCUUCAUACUGCGCGCGGCCUGGUGUUAUUAGAGUUAGGUAGAACGAUGGAUGCCGUCACAGCCCUGCACGAGGCGGUCCGUGUUCUGGGGGCCAGCGGGGGUGGUGAUGCCGCUGGCGGAGCGGGCAUCGCCGGAACCCUUCUGUCACGCGCACUCGAAAUCUGGGCGUUGGAAGGCCAGGAAACUGAAUCAGUGCUGUCCGAGGAAGGGAGCCGACGCAACUCGAUACGGUCUUCGCGCGACAACAACAAAGGAAAGGGGAGAGUGGCUCGUCGUCUGUAUGCCGAAGAAUGGACUGAUGAUGUUGCGCAGGUCGAGGGGCGGCUCAGCAUGGGGGCGGAGGCAGGGCCGACGACAUCACUGGAGGAAACAAUUGAGAUGGAACUGGACCAUGAUGCAGAGCGACUCCUGCACGACACUAUGGACCAAGUGCGCGGGGGACGAGGACGCACCCGGCGAGGACGAACGGGGGUCAGCAGCCCUGAGUUGGAACCGACGACCACCAGCACACGACGAAGGGCCGUCCGGACUCAUCCACGAUCAUGA